UCAAUUGCAGCGUGUUAUCGAACGAGAAGGAAAGUGAAUUAUUAAUUUUAUACAACUAACUGUAAAUUAAUUAUAACUACUCACGGUAAUACAAAGAUCGACAAUUGAAGAUUCGAACAAAUAGUCAUAAAUGUCCUUUGGUUGUGUAGUUUUACCUGCAACACAUGGUGCUAUUUUUUCUGCGACCCUCGCUGCGUCGAUUGUUUACUUCUUGCUCGUAUCGUUUGACAGCAAAAGACGUCACGACAGAUCAUCUUCAAAACAAAACUUUCACGAAAUUCCAUCACGAUUUAUCCCAGUUGCAUCCGCUGCAACAUCCGAUCCCUGUAUUGACUCACGGUUUUCGUAAAUCUUUCAAAAUAGGUUCCAGAAUGAGUUCGUCGUCGCCGGAUAGUCAAGACAUGCUGGACGUGUUGGCGUAUAACUGCAGUAAACUUUCCAACGAUCUUUGGGAAGCUUCGAAUCUGAACGAGAAACGUAAGCUAGUGGCUGAAUAUCUGAAGAGUGCAGAUCGGGACGGUAAAAGCAUCAAGGAUUUCAAAGAGGAUUUGGACUGGUUCAAUGUCACCGAGCCACUGUCGUUCGAAAAGUCCCUCCGGGGAAAGAUUGUUGUACUUGACUUUUUUACCUACUGCUGCAUCAACUGUAUGCACAUUUUACCGGAUUUGAAACGACUGGAGCAUCUGUAUUCGAUCGAAGACGGUUUGGUGGUGAUAGGCGUUCACAGCGCCAAGUUUGCGAACGAAAAGGACUCGGCGAAUAUCCGAUCCGCAGUACAGCGCUACGAGAUUAGUCAUCCGGUGGUGAAUGACAACGUUUCCUCAAUGUGGAGGAAUUUACGUAUCCAGUGCUGGCCGUCGCUGUUGAUUCUGGGACCUAGAGCAAAUCCACUGUUUGUUAUUAUGGGCGAAGGUCAUUUUGACGAUUUGAAGCUGUAUGUUAGUUCAGCACUCAAGUUCUACAAGGACAAAGGUUCUAUUUUGAACCACUCGCUUUCAAUCAAUCUAACAACGAGCCUGACCGAAAGCAGUCAUCUCCAGUUCCCGGGGAAAAUAGCUUGUUCCUACCGUGGUUGUGACAACAACGAUAAUCCGUUGUAUGCAAUUUCCGAUUCGGGUAACCAUCGGAUUUUGGUUGUUAACAGUGAAGGAACCGUGUUGCAUCGCGUGGGUGGUAAAAAACCUGGAUUCGUUGAUGGCGAUUUUCGUAGGGCUCGCUUCAAUGCCCCUCAGGGAGUUGCAUUUCAAAGUGACUCGAUUCUGUUUGUGGCAGAUAAUGAAAACCAUGCUAUUCGAAUGAUCGAUUUGAAUGCCAGGCAUGUUACCACUGUUGUAGGAACUGGCAAGCAGGGAUGCGACCGGAUUGGAGGAAAAACCGGCCGCGAUCAGGUAAUAUCAUCGCCUUGGGAUGUGGCUGUCUAUCGGACGCGAGAUUUGGAUAUGUCAUUCCACUCGGAUGAAACAAAAGCUCAGCUCAAGGAUGUGGUGUUUAUUGCAAUGGCUGGAAUCCAUCAGAUUUGGGCACUAUUCCUGGAGGAUACUAUUUGGUGGAAGUUCAAAAAGUACGCGGCCAAUAGCUGCUUGGCUAUUGCUGGAAAUGGUAGGGAGGAGAACCGCAAUAAUACAUAUCCAAACAAUGCGGCCUUUGCGCAACCGUCCGGAUUGGCGAUUAAUAAAGAAGCGAAGGAGCUAUAUCUAGCGGAUAGUGAAAGUUCCUCGAUUCGAAAGGUGUCGCUGAGCGAUGGAAAGGUAGUCUCCGUGGCUGGUGGAGAUCGUAAUCCUUUGGAUCUUUUCUCCUUUGGAGACGUGGACGGCAAGCAGUACUCAGCUAAGUUCCAGCACCCACUUGGGGUUGCCUACAAUUCGAAGGAUAACUGCAUUUACCUAACCGACACUUACAAUCAUAAAAUUAAAAAGAUCAACGCAACAACGAAUGUAGCAACGACCUGCAGUUUUUACGAGGACGAUGGCUCAACGAAACAGUUCAACGAACCUGCUGGACUUUGUCUGGAUCCUACGGGACGCUACCUGUAUAUUGCAGACACCAACAACCAUCAGAUCAUGGUUGCCGAUUUGUCUGAUAUGAGCAUUCGUCCGCUGAAGAUCCGAUUCGCAUCGGGACAGGAAUCGGACCAAAUGGAUACUCCUGGAGAAAUUCACGCUUACGAAGGAACCUUCAAAGUUCUACCGGAAGGCGGCAAAGUGCAACUUAAACUUGAGUUCGGAUACCUGGAGUCGAAUAUUAAACUAACCGAUGGAGCCCCUCAAAAAUGGUCCCUGUCACUGCCGUCGGAUAAGUGGCGCUGCGAUACGAUGAGCGGCACCAUUGGCUCCCUAAAUGACGGAUUAGGCUUCACAAUUGUUAUUCCUAAGGGUAGCGAACAGCAGAAACCGGUUCAGGGAACUGUGAACUUUCGGUUAAAUCUCUGCGCCAAAGACGUGUGCUUUCCGAAGGAGUUCGCAGUGGGUCUCAACUUUGUUCAUGAUGUUACAGGAGCCACUGUCAUCAAAGGCAGCCUAAUGGUACAGAUCGGCCGACGUAGUGUACUGGUUUCGAGGGAAUAGAAUACAGCCUACUGGGUGUAAUGUGCGAACCAGCCUGAAAAGCGAACAUUUUAGCAUGUAUAAACUAUGCGAACAUGCAUUUCAACAUAACUGGGAGAUUAUUUUUUGUUUCACUGUUUUGACUAUCGGUUUAUUAAUCACUAACAUUUCGCAGAAUGUACCUAACUUUUCAGUUUAUAUAGAUGGAAAACAACAUUUUACACAUGUUAUCGCUGCUUUGGUUUUGUAUUAACGAACAAUAAAUAAAUUUGAAUAACCA